AUGGCUGGGAAAUGCUCUGUGUUUUUCAAGUUUUUGGUUCCUGGGUUCAACAAAAGACUUUCACUUCCAGUAGCUUUCUGUAGUUCUCUGAGUGAAAAGAAACUGGAGAAAGCAGUUAUUAAAAGCUGCUUGGGAUCUUGGUGUGUGAGACUUGGCAGGAGUGUUGAUGGAGUACUUUCUUUUGAAGAAGGUUGGGAAGUUUUUGUGAACCAUCACGGCCUGAACAUUGGAGAAAUGGUAGUAUUUGAACACAAAGGCAAAAUGGUGUUCAAUGUGGUUGCCUAUGAGUCACUUGGUAGUGAGAAAGAGUAUGAACUGCAGAGCGACAAACAGCAGCAUGAUUACAAAGGAAGAAGAACCUUAAAAGGAACUGCAUCCUCAAGCUCAAGGACAUUUUUCAGUACCAUGAUGAGUAAAACCCACGGGGAUCCUCUUCGUUCUUAUAUGACUGUUCCUGCGAAAUUUGCAAGAUCAAAUGGCAUUGUGGCCACAUCCAGAAUCUUUCUCAAAGACCCGUCUGGAAGAUCAUGGCCGCUGAUCAUAAGUAAGUGGGAAAGCAAAACCAGGGGUAGUUAUCGUAUAGCUAUUAGAAAAGGAUGGUACAAGUUUUAUGAAGCCAACAAGCUCAAAACUGGGGAUGUCUGCAUAUUCAAUCUCAAACCGGUAUCAUCUAAGUCAGGUUCAAAAUCAACUCGUGUCUUGGAAGUCCAGAUAACCCGAGGUGGAUCCUAG